AUGGCUGACAAAAUAUCUUUUGAUUUUAAAACAGCUAUUAAUUUACUUCCUAUCAUGAAUGGUCAAAAAUACGUCACCAAACAAUUAAUCGAUGGUAUAGAUAUGUAUAAUUAUAAACUUGACGAAGCGUCAAAAAAAUCGUUGAUAGUUUUUGUCUUAAAAACGAGACUAUCACUUAGCGCUAAGCUGCGAUUAAGCUACGCUGCUGUUGAUUCAUUGCUUAGUGACAUGAGAAAAUAUUUACUACAGAAAAAGUCUGCAGUUGCCUUACAAAAUGUUAAGCAGAGUCAUAGGUCAAUUGAGGCGUUUGGUAAUCUAUUAGAAGAUAUUUUUUCUAAUUUCACUCGCGUUAUACGAGCGCGCCGCGCACAUUUGCGUCGCAACAAGGUCACGGUCUCAAGCGCGGUCAAGCUGCGUCCGCUCGUGCUCAGCUUAGCGCUGGCCCUGGCCGGCUCCAGCCGCCCGGCGCGCCACUGCGCCGGCGGCCCCGCCGAGAGCGUGGGCCCCGCCACCGCGCACGCCCCGGGUUCACCAUGUGUACUGUGA